AAAUAUAUAUAAACAAUAUGAUGGACUCUACGUUUGGCAAUGUCUUUUUGUUCCUUACCGAUUUGGCUUGGAAGAGUCGCCUAACCAUACCUCUGCUGGUGACAACAGCUUUUCUGGUCAUGGACAUACGUUUGCAGAUCGAGAUUAACAUACAAACUGGUCAAGUGAACGCUAGUGAUUUGGAUGAGCCCGAGGAGGGCCUCGAGGAGCAGGUGCCACACGGUGCUCAUGCCAUGGAAGAGGAAAGCGAUGUUUAUACGGAUGAUCUUGAGGAGUAUAACAGCGAGUAUACGAUCGGCGAUGGUAGUGAUACAUCUCGCUAUAGCGUAGAUGUCUAUGAUGAAUUGGGCUCCGAGUAUGGACUUGAGAAUGAUCUUGACGCCUACUCGGCCAGCGAUAUGCACUUCUAAUAAGUCGAAUAUAUAUACACAUAUAUAUAUAUAAAUUUUAAGAGUAACAUGUACAUUGAAUAACUUAGGUUGGUAUACGUAUUAUAUUGCCAUUA